AUGGGCAGUUCCUGUUACAUUCCUUGGAUUGUGAAAGAGACUUCUCCUCCCACUAAAGCUAUCUCAUGGCAGCAGUGGAAUCUGGGCAUCCCUUAUAAAAGGUGUCUUUGGCACUGGCUCCUUACACAAUCUCCCUCUUCAGGGCCAAUCGCUUCAGUGUCUGUGAUUAAGGUUGCACUUCUGCAGAAAUGUCCUGCCAGCAAAGCCAGCAGCAAUGCCAGGCCCCUAAGUGCCCCCCUAAAUGUCCACCAAAAUGCCAGACCCCUAAAUGUCCUCCCAAGUGCCCACCAAAGUGUCCCCCCAAGUGCCCUCCCCAGGCUCCAUGCCCUCCUCCAGUCUCUUCCUGCUGUGGUUCUAGCUCUGGAGGAUGCUGCAGCUUGGGUGGAUGCUGUGGGUCCAGCUCUGGGGGAUGCUGCAGCUCUGGGGGGUGCUGCAGCUCUGGAGGAUGCUGUGGCUCAGGUGGUGGCUGCUCCCUCUUUUCCCAUCACAGGAGAUCCCACAGGAGCAGGCGCCAGAAGAAUGACUGCUGUGACAGUGGCAGCGGACGCAGCCAGCAGUCUGGAGGCUGCUGUGGUAGCUCUGGAAGCUCUGGAGGUUGCUGUGGGAGCUCUGGAAGCUCUGGAGGUUGCUGUGGGAGCUCUGGAGGCUGCUGUGGCAGCUCUGGAGGCUGCUGCUGAUAAUCUGAUUCUCUUCACCAAGAGAAGCAACUUUAUAAUGGAAUCGGUGGCUGAUUUCCUUCCUCUUCCUCCCUUUUCUUCAUCUCAAGAUGUACCAUGUAGAAUCUGAUCUCCAGAAACCCUUAAGUCCUCUGUGCCUUGGAUUUACCUGAUUUCAAUUCCACUUUUCUCCUUUAGACAUUGACUAUUUACAACAUUAAAUCAUUUAUUUAUGACUCUA